GUUCAUACUUCAUACGUACUACAACAUUCCAUACAUACACCAAAAACUUCAAAGCCCCCACAAAUCUCUAACACAAACUUUAAAUUUCUAAAGACGCAAAGAGAAAGACAAAACCCGGAUCCGAUUCCGGUACCCUGAAUAUGCCAAUCGGGUGGGUCAAAUCCUUACAUUGCAAAUCAAGAGCAUUCGACGAUGUCUAUCAUCAUCAUCACUCCAACAACGGUAAACUCUUAUUGCCAAGUUACAGCUGCAGAAAAAACGUUAGAGACGUCGUCGAUAACCGACCCGGAACCGUUAAGAAAAGCCCAAAACCCGACCCGAAUUUACGACGUUUACGCUCUUCUCGUCGACCCGAAUCAGACUCCAAUUCACAUAACCCGACCCGAAGAAGUGUAUCAGCUCGAGCUUCCUCUGAAUCAGCAUUGCCCGUAUUGACUGAUCUUCCCGACGGUCAUCCGUCGAGAAACGUCGUGGAGAUAAUAUUUCAAUCUAGUUGGAGCUCCGAUGAGUUUCCGGGUCGGGUUGAAAUGAUCUUUAAAGUUGAAAACGGGUCAAAAGCUGUGACCCGGUUUGAGGAAUAUAGAGAAGAUGUGAAAUCGCGAUGGCGUACGAAAUUUGAUUCCGAUGAGGUUAACGGCGGCGCGUGUGAUGAAGACGCGCGGUGUUUGGCUGAUGGGAAUGAGAUGAUGAGGUUUUUUCCUUUGGGUCCGAUUCCGGGAGGAAUUAACGGCGGCGCGUGGGGUUUUCCUGGUGGUAAAGGAGCGGCGGUUUGUACGUUUUCGGGUAGCGGUGAAGCGCAUGCGAGCACAGGCGGCGGAGGAGGGAGGAGGGCGAUGUUGAUUUGUAGAGUAAUUGCGGGUCGGGUUGCGAAGAAAGGUGAAUUCGGGUCGGAUUCAGUAGCGGGUCGAGCUGGUGAGUUGAUUGUCUUCGAUGCACGCGCCGUGUUGCCUUGUUUCUUAAUCUUUUUCAGAUUGUAAAAAAUUAUUAUUAUUAUAAACCAAUAAAAUUAAUUUUGAUUU